UUUCGAUAAAACGUAUAUCGAUCAACAUUUGCUUGUGUUUUUUUUUUUUAUUUGAUUUUCUUUUUUUUCGAAUUGCUACUAGAAGCUAGACAAUAAUGCGAUUCGAAUUCAGAAGUUAAACACUUAGCGUUGUGCUAAGUUCGGGUGUGCCUUCGUCCGAGGUUGUUAUUGGAAUAAAAUUUAUAAUAAAUUUUGUUUGAUAAGAUUUAAUAAUCUAAAAUUUUUUUUUUUAUUGAAUUCCAUAUACUCUCGAUAGAUAGUCGAGUUAUAUUAUAUUCCAGUGUCAUAUUCGAUAAUCGAAACCACAGCCAAACAGCAAAAUCAACAAUUUAUAGAAAGGGGAUGCGAGGCACAAUUUUAAAUAAACACAUCUUUUGGAGCAUUUGAAAAUUAUAUUGAAAAAUGUUCCAAGUAAAAUAAACCACCAAUAUCUCUCGCAUCGCAGCCCCAAAUAACACAUUACCGGCGAUCAAUGUAAAUAGUAACGCCAACAACACUAUAUUCCAGCGAUCAUCAGCGGAACGCCCGCUAGAAAGCUUUAAUAGAGCAGCAAUAAUAUCGAAAGUCUAUGCGGUUGAGUGGGAACUGAUUUGUACAAUAGCAGAAUAGCAUCAGAGCGGUAAUCCAGCUGAGUCUGUGAGCCAUUUCCAAUUAAUUCAUUGAUGAUAAAUUUUACGUGCACGGCAGAAAACGAAUUCGUAAACACUCUUGCGGAAAUCGAAAACAAACUUUGGAAAUUUUUUGGAAAAUUUUAUUAUAUUCAAAUCAAAUUUGAAAUCGAAUUGGUUGAGAAAAGCGCACUUGAAAUGCUGAAGAGUGCCGAAGGCGGAUGAACACGAAAAUGAUGAAAAUAAAUGUGAAACUACGAGUAUAAUGAUAAUUGAGAGAUCGUUGUUAUUGCACUUUAUAUUCUGGAUCAAUACUGUGUACAUUGUUGAUACUUCAUAUAUUGACUAUAGUGAAAACACAGAAUUGAUUCAGCAAAGAGCUGGAAAUGACAUACAACUUAAUUGUGGAAUUAGAGGACUUCUAAGCGAACAUCCAAUAAAUGGAAUGCAAUUUAAUUGGUAUUUCAAACCAUGUGGAGAUGAUUCAUAUCAAAAAUCUUGCCAUUCUGUUCGAUCCGAAACCUGGUCCCAUUUACCAUGCGAUAAAAACUAUUGCCAAUCAUUGCUUCACUUGAAAAAUCUUACCGAAAAAGAUUCCGGUCUCUACAAGUGCACAAUCUAUCCAUACAAACUGGACGAUGUUACAACCCUAGAUAUUCAAUUAGUUCGAACAUAUCAAUUAGAUGUAAAGAAUUCAACAGAAUUGGUACCAGAAUUUCUUGAUGGUUUUCCAGAAAACAAGACUGCAGCAAUUGGGUCACAAGUGGUUUUUCAAUGCAGGGUACAAAGCCAAGUACAUCCGACAAUCAAAUGGUUCAAACGAAUACCGGACAUUGGUGCCGGGAUGGAAUACAAUUUGGGCCAGGAGAAUUUCAACUCACACAUUGUUCAGUAUAAUGGAGGAAUAUAUGAAUUAUUGCAAACAGCAAGGGAAAAAAAUGUCGAUGAUGAGAUUUAUUUAAGUAAAUUGAUUUUAAAUGGAAUUCGAUCACAAGACGAAGGAUUUUAUGCAUGCGUUGCAAUAAGCUAUAGAGGACAUAGGAUACGGGAAGCUUUUCUAAGAGUUGAAGACUAUAUGGAUUAUCAAGGUGAUGAGGGCAAUUAUUGGGAAGAUUAUGAUGCGAGUGAUGAAGGACCCCAACCAAAAAGUUUUUGGAUGUUUUUCUUAAUGCCUUUGGGCUUGGCAAUGAUUCCAAUAUUAAUUUGGCUGUGUUAUGUAGUGAAUAAGAAAAAGUCUCAUGAUAAUUUGAGAUUUGAUGAUGAAGAACAAUCUUUGCAGUAGA